CUCGGGCUCAGACAUAGAUCUAAGGAUAGCAGAGUCAAAAGAAUAUACUCCUGUUUUAAACAAAACCUGAUAAUGUCAAAAACAAAUGCAGAAUCUGCAAGUGUGCAAAGAUGUCUUCUAAAACAGGAUUGAAAGAAAAUGACAGGGAUGCUGCUAAAAAACGAUGGAAACUUCUUGGAAAGGCUCUGAUGAAUAAAGGAUUCAACAAUGAGAUCACAAGAAAGAAUAUAACCAGUGAGGUGUCUGUUCGGAGAUUUAGUUCUUAUGGAUUGUUGACAACCAAAAAACUUCCUUCAAUUUCAUCAUCGUCAGAUGGCACAGAAAAUUAUUCUUGGUUUCAAUAUUCAAGCCCAUCCCACAGAGAUUUCUGCAUUGAUGUCAGACAUCUCAAAGAGCAGUUCUCCCCUAAAGAGCUGAUUGGAUUCAACAACACUGGAAAUGUGUGUGUAUGGCCCUCAGAAGAAGUCUUGGCCCACCAUUGUCUGACACACAGAGACUUGUUCAGAGAGAAGACGGUUUGUGAGCUUGGCGGAGGCAUGACAUGUUUGGCUGGCAUUGCUGUUGCAUGCACUUCUGAUGCUGCAAGAGUCAUUCUUACGGAUGGAAAUGAUUUAUCCUGUAAAAAUAUAGAGGUCAUUGUAGAAAAAAACAAGGACAGAUUCACAAAGACCGAAGUGAAUAUCAGAAACGUGAGAUGGAAUGAGGAGAGUAGCUUCAGUGACCUGAGGGAGAGUGUAGAUGUCAUCCUCAGUGCAGACUGCCUGUUUUUUGACCAGUAUAGGUCAGACUUGGUGCACACAAUCCAUAGUCUGCUCUCUGCUGAUGGCAUGGCAGUAAUAUUUGCUCCAUGUCGGAACCGCACCCUUGAUAAGUUUUGUCAGCAGGCCAAAUCCAGCUUCCAUCUCACCCUGGAAGAGAACUAUGAUCCUAUGGUGUGGAAUGUGUAUCAACAGGCCAAAGCCCAAGGGAAAGAGGUGUUUGAUGAGGACAUUCACUACCCCCUGAAGAUAACCCUCACCAAGAGAGGUACUCAGAGGUCAACCAUCAGAGCGGUGCUAAAGGUCACUCGGAGGUGACCCAUGAGACUAAAG